UGGUCCCUGUAUUAAUUGGAUCCAAAAUUCCAAGGAAAGACAAAGAAGAGACUAACGAACGAUAUGCUCGAUGUCUUUUAGCAUUAUUCGUACCAUGGCGAAAAGUUGAAGAUUUAUGUGAGGUUCAUCAAACUUGGGACCAAGCGUUAGAAUUAUACAAACACUUGAUUACAUCCGAAUCGCGCCGAAUAAUACAGAAUAUUCAACUUCUUCAUGAGUGUAAAGAAGAUCGUGAUGCUCAUCUCUUGCAAGUGAUACAGGAUUCAAAUACAAGACAAGAUUCUAAUAUCGAACCGAUUUUAACUUGUCGUAAUGUUGACCAAGAUGAAGAUAUCGACGAUUCCGAGAAUCUACUUCAACUGUUAGACUAUUAUAAUAAUGUCAACAAGUUAUUUCAAUUGAAUCAAAUACGAAAAUCUACUUCUGUUUAUGUGAAUCAAGCUGUAGGUGCAGUGAUAGCAACUAAACGCUUUCCAAAUGUGACAAAUAAAGCAAAUUUACUCAAUGAAUCUUCGAUAACUCCACAAUUUAACCACACGAACCCUAAUGCCCAUUGUACGGAACCGAUUGUGACACCUAUGACAACAAAACUUGCUCAAUUAAAUAAAAAGUGGCAGCAGGAUUUGAAGAGAGCAAAGCAAAAAGUCCGAGAACGAAUACUGUAUGGUGAUGCCGAUGUGAACGAUAUUGACGAUUCUUCUGCAGCUAUAAAUCUACAUAUUGAUCUGAUUGUAUCUCAUUAUGAUGCCCAAGAUAAUGUUAGCACUGAACUUGUUCGACAGGUAUCAGUCUCGUCGUUAAAAGCACAACAAGAAUAUGUGUCUAAAACGCAAUACUGUCUUGAUACAGAACAACAUCGAGCAUUUAUGAUCAUAACACAACAUCUUGAAGGGAAGAGCCACUUGAGAACAAAUGAUAAACAAGAUCAAUUAUUGAUGUGUGUACCAGGUCAAGGUGGAACAGGAAAAUCUCAGAUCAUUCGAGCCAUAACAGAAUAUUUUUCGUUGACGAAGCGCAGCUACUUACUACGAAAAGUGGCGCCAACAUCGAUUGCUGCAGCCGAAAUUGAUGCCCUUACCAUUGAAUCUUUGACUCCUCACACAAGAAACAGAUAUAAAGAAUCCUAA